UGCAGCAACAGCAACAGCAACAGCAGGAGCAGCAGUAACCGCAGGAGGAGCCACAUCAGCAGCCAGUCAGCCCCGCAAGUCGAAACUCCUCGUCGAGCGGAAAGUCGGGAAAACUGACAGCAACACUGACAGCGCAACAGAAACUACAGAAGCUCCGGCUACGACAGCAACAUCUGCAACAUCAACAGCAGGCGCAGCAACAACAACAACAGCAACAACAGGGGGAACAACAGCGAGUGCAACUGCAACAACAGCAGCAGCAAUCCAUACAACAAAAAUCAGCCAAGUGAGGCUUAAUAACCCAGCGACAACAAGCAUGUUACUUUUGCAACCCAAUAGCUCCUUUAGUUCACUGUCGCCCUUUGAUAAUUUCUCCUCGCAAUCCGCGACGACGACCACAACGUCGUCGGUAACCGCAGCAGCAGCUGGACACCAUCAUCUUCAGCAGCAGCAGCAGCAACAUCAUCAUCUCCAACAGCAACAUCUGCAACAUCAGCAGCAGCAACAGCAGCAGCAGCAGCAACAACAUCAUCAUCAGCAGAUCCUAAACUCCCAACAACACCUGCUAAAGACCGAGUCACUGCUCUCCCAUGAGGAGGAUCAGUUGAUCAGCAACCUGAACGACGUGGCCGGAUCGCACAGUGAGCUCUUCUCGGAUCUCUUCUUCCCCUCGGACUCGAACAACUCGCUGCUCUCGCCGACGACCAGCGGCUAUCCGGAUAAUCCAUCUGGCGAGGAUCUCACCAGCUCCAUCGAGAACCUCACCAAGCUCACGUGUCUGCGGGACAAGCGGCUCUCCUCCAUUCCCGAGCAGCAGCUCAGCUCCGAGCAGGAGCAGCAGCUCUGCCUGCUCAGCCUUCGGUCCAGCAGUGAUCCAGCCAUAGCCCUCCACGCCCAACAGCAGCAGCAGCAGCAGCAGCAACAGCCCCAGCAGCAGCAGCAACAGGAGCAACAGCGGCAACCCGGUUCCGGCCAAAUCCAGCUGAUCUCGCCCAUCGGUGGCCCUCUGUCCUGCGGCAGCAGCCUGCCCAGCUUCCAGGAGACCUACUCCCUAAAGUACACCAGUAGCAGCGGCAGCAGUCCCCAGCAGGCCUCCUCCUCCUCGACGGCGGCUGCCACGCCAACCGAUCAGGUCCUGACCCUCAAAAUGGACGAGGACUGCUUCCCCCUGACCAGUGCCGCCGACGUUAUGUCCGGGUGGAAUGCCAGCCCGGCUCCAGCUCCCGCCCAGCUCCAGCAGCUCCAUACGCUCCAGACACAGUCCCAGUCCCAGUCCCAGAUGUCGCACUCACAUCCGCAUCCCAACAGCAGCAGCAGUGGCAGCAACAACAACAACAACGGCGGCAGCAGUGGCUACAACUACCACGGACACUUCAAUGCCGUCAAUGCCAGCGCCAAUCUCUCGCCCAGCUCCUCGGCCAGCUCCCUCUACGAGUACAAUGGUGUCUCCGCUUCCGAUAAUUUCUACGGACAGCAGCAACAGCAGCCAAACUAUCAUAACUACAAUUCCCAUAAUGGAGAACGCUACUCGUUGCCCACCUUUCCCACCAUCUCGGAACUGGCGGCGGCCACAGCUGCUGUGGAGGCGGCGGCAGCAGCCUCCAUUUCUGCUUCAGUGGGGCCGACGCCAGUGCGUCGAUCCUCGUUGCCUGUGCAGCGGACAGUCUCACCCGCCGGUACCUCCGCCCAGAGCCCCAAGCUGGCCAAGAUCACGCUGGGUCAGCGGCAUCACGCCCAUGCCCAUGCCCACGCCCAUCCUCUGCAGUUGAGUUCGGCGCCCAAUUCGUCGGCCAGUUCUCCGGCAAGUGCCGCAGGGGCAGAUCUCCAGGCGGGACGACUGCUGCAAGCGGCCUCCCAGCUGUGCGCCGUCUGCGGGGACACCGCCGCCUGUCAGCACUAUGGCGUGCGGACCUGCGAGGGCUGCAAGGGAUUCUUCAAGCGGACGGUGCAGAAGGGCUCCAAGUACGUCUGCUUGGCGGACAAGAUGUGCCCGGUGGACAAGCGGAGACGCAAUCGAUGUCAGUUCUGUCGCUUCCAGAAGUGUCUGGUCGUUGGCAUGGUCAAGGAAGUGGUUCGCACGGACUCCCUCAAAGGACGCCGCGGUCGUCUGCCCUCAAAGCCGAAAUCGCCACAGGAGUCGCCGCCAUCCCCACCCAUUUCCCUGAUAACGGCUCUGGUGAGGAGCCAUGUGGACACCACGCCCGAUCCCUCGUGCCUGGACUACACCCAUUACGAGGAGCCGUCGAUGAGCGAGGCGGACAAGGUGCAGCAGUUCUAUCAUCUGCUUACCAGUUCGGUGGAUGUGAUCAAACAGUUUGCGGAGAAGAUACCCGGCUACUUGGAUCUCACGCCGGAGGAUCAGGAGCUGCUCUUCCAGUCGGCCUCCCUGGAGCUGUUCGUCCUGCGUCUGUCCUAUCGCGCCCGCAGCGACGACACCAAGAUGAUCUUCUGCAACGGCACCGUGCUCCAUCGCAGUCAGUGCCAGCGAUCUUUCGGCGAGUGGCUGAACGACAUCAUGGACUUUAGUCGGAGUCUUCACAGCCUGGAGAUUGACAUAUCAGCUUUUGCCUGUCUCUGUGCCCUCACGCUGAUCACAGAGCGGCAUGGCCUGCGUGAGCCGAAGAAGGUGGAGCAGCUGCAGAUGAAGAUCAUUGGUAGUCUGCGCGAUCAUGUCACCUACAAUGCCGAGGCCCAGAAGAAGCAGCACUACUUCAGCCGCCUUCUGGGGAAACUUCCGGAGCUGCGAUCCCUCAGCGUUCAGGGAUUGCAGCGCAUCUUCUAUCUGAAGCUGGAGGAUCUGGUGCCAGCGCCAGCCCUCAUCGAGAACAUGUUCGUCACCACAUUGCCCUUCUAGGCAGUCCAAAUCCACAUCACAACAUUGCUUCCUUCAACCUAGACCUAAGUUAGACCCACUAAGAACUAGGUAAUCCAUAACUAGCUUUAGUAGAAACCCCAAUAAAAAAAUCGAAGAAAAGAAAAAAAAAAAAAAAACAAACAAAAAACCCAGUGAGUGCAAG